AUGAUACCCUUCCCAGUCGCCAUACACCUCGGCACGGACAUAGUCCACCUCCCACGAAUAACCGCCCUCCUCUCCCGCCGCGGAAACAACCUUUCACGCUUCACGCGCCGAAUCCUCUGCGACCAAGAACAGCGCGACUUCCAUCAGCGCUUCAAAGACUCAAUCGCCCUCCAAUCGCAAUCACAAUCCAAACCUUCCAUAUCUAUACACUCCCCACCCGUUACAGCCGAUAUGACACGCUGGCUCGCUGGUCGCUUUGCAGCGAAAGAGGCCGCACGCAAAGCCGCGCCGUGCGGGGCAGCUUCGAUUGGAUGGAAAGACGUUAUGGUUCGGGUUCAGGAGGAGUCGGAUAUGAAUCCGGCUGCGGGUGAAGAUGCUGUAAGGGCUGCGAUGGCAGAGGGUGUUAGUCGGAGGCCGGAGAUUGUGUAUUUGGGGACUAUGGAGGAUGGGAGUGAUAGUCGGAUCGGGCGGCUUUCUAUCUCGCAUGAUGGGGACUAUGUCACUGCGACUGUUUUGGCGGCGGGUUGA